UGAGAAACGAUAUUUUUUUUUUGGCAAGGAAAAAGAUUAACUUUCAUUAAUAAGACCGGAGUUCAAAAUAGAAGAAAGAAAAGUUGGGGCAACAAAAACCAACAAAAAUUGCGAAUCAGACAUAGAACAAGCAACUCGAGCAAUAGAAUGAACUACUUUGUUUGCUGACCGCCUAAUGUGAGAGAAAGAAACUCAUAUGAAGCAAUUAACCCAUAUGAAGCACAACUAGAGCCCUUCUAGAUUUCCGAGAUUGCUCGGGAAGCAUCCGACUCAAUGUUAAUAUCCGUCCAUUCUAUUCCGUGAACCCAAUUCAAAGCCUCUAGAAUACCAAUCAAUUCUGCUUCCAAUGGAGUAAGACUGCCCGCCCAUGGACACGCCACACCAGUCAGGAACUCGCCAUUUGCAUUGCGAAUACACCACGAGGAUCGGGCUCGCCUAACAGCCCCCUUGCCUUCCUUACCAACCAGCUACGUCUGAACCCAUCCUUUCACAUAGAUUUCAGCCUUCAUCAUAAACUGACCUGCAGAUAAGGAUUUAUUUUGCUAGACCCGUUGAUUGCGCUCACACCACAAUGCCCAGCAACCCCAGGCGAGUCUCUUCAGGUCACUUCUGCUACGCGUCUGGAACUCCACCUUCAAGAGCUUUAAAAAGUUGUUGGCCUUAGCUCCCCUCCAAUUCCAGUGAGGCAGUGAGCCGCAUUCCACGCUUCUCGAGCCACCGAACACUCCUGAAAGAGUUGGAUUAAAGUCUCCUCUUUUCCGCAUAGGCCGCAUAAAUCGGGACAAUUAACUCGUCUAGCUUGGAGAUUCUCCUUUGUAGGGUUUCACCGCUAGAGCUGUACGUCCGCUAUCGGUUUGUGCCGAGGAGCGGGGCUGAUUCUGUGUAUUGUUUUAUAAUUAGUGCUUCGGGAGGGGUGGCUGCAGAGGAGGUUUGCGAAGUCGUUUCAACCAAUCCGGCAUUGUAGUGGCCGGGUUGGGGUGAUUUGUCAGGUAAGCAUUUUGGUCAAGGUAGUGGGCGGUGUUUCGGAUUUAACCAGACGGGUAUCAAGGGUUGCAUGGAAAGAUUGUGGAUCAAUACAAGAAGAUGACGAUAGGAGCGGAAGACGAGGAGCUGGAUCUGGAUGAAACCGAGAUAGAUGAUGUUCCUGUUGAGGAGAAUCGGCCAAGUUUUCCAGUUGUGGGAGUCUUGCUAACGGAUAGGAAGAUCAAGUUUCCAAUUUUCAAAGAGCUUAAGGCAUCUAUGUGGAGGCUGGGGAAUGGUGUUUCUAUCAUGGAAAUUGGUGACAAAAGGUGCGUCUUUACUUUUUGUCAUUCUGUUGAUAUGAAACGUGUUCUUUAUGGAGGUCCGUGGCAGUUUGGGAGGAAUUUUUUGAUUCGGAAAGAAGUUAAACCUGAUGAUUUCUCACAUAAGAUUUGUUUAAAUGAGGCCGAGUUUUGGGUUCAAGGUCCGUAAUGUUCUGUAUAGUUUGAUGAAUUUAGGAACAACUAGGCGGGUUAUAAUUUUGUUGGGAAGUUUGCCAGUUAUGAUAAUAAUCGAUUUAGUGAAAAGUGGGAAUCGUAUUUGCGAGUUAUGGUGUGUAGGAAUGUGGAAAAGCCUAUGAAAAAGGGUACAACUCAUAAGAAAAGAGGAUUUGGUCACCGAGUGGAUUUUAAGUACGAAAAGUUGCCCAAAUUCUGUUUUGUCUGGCGUAUGAAGAAAAUUAGGGCAUUCUGAGGAUUUGGUCACUAUUACAGGGCAUUCUGAUAAAUUCUGCCCUCUGGCGUAUGAAGAAAAUCUGGUACUGGAAAAAACAUUUGGGGUACAUCUUCGAGGAGGUAGUGGGAUGAACACUAGUCCUAAAGGACAACAAGUCGGAUGGUAGGUUAAGAGGGGGUUAGAAUGAGUCUACAUCAGAAAUAUCACAUAACACAACUAAAGAUGAUCGAGAAUAUUGGAAACAAUGAGGAGGUAUCUGAAGAGUAAAAACGAAGGCGCAUAUGGGAAGCCCAAGAAACAGAGAAGCACGUGGGGGAUAAUAUGGCUCUGGAUGGGGCAAAAAACGGAAAGGAGGCAAGCUUCGAGGUGUAAGCUCGCCAAAACUGAUCAUUUUGAGGCCAAUGCUAGGAACAUGGAAGCUAGCUAGUGGUGCUUGGGAAGCUGGGACAUGACUUUUAUUUCUUCGCUUUUAUUUAUUUUGAUAGUCUGGUUUGUUUUGUUUACUUUCGACUGUUUAUUUUAUUAUGCUGUAAGACUGAAUUUGGAUGUGAGUGAUGGAAGGACUACGGUAACCAUCUUUGGCUUAGUUGUGCC